AAGCGAGACCUUCACAAAACACUCAACUAACAGGGAAUCCUGUCAGGAUCUGAGGGAAAAGAAAAAUCAACUGUGCUAUCCAAGACCUUCUUUUACACCCUAACAACGGUUUACGAAGCUCUGUUCUGAUGUAUUUAUGCCGGUACCAGCCUCCCUGACAGCCAAACCAAAGGAAUUUACUUCACUCAACAAGUCGACAUACAAGUAAACGAGCAGCUUUAUUUUUGUACAAGUGAUCGCCAGUUUAGCCACGCUAUGCUACCAGCGGAAUAGUACGGGGUGAACCUGUCAGAGUGCUGGUGACUGGAGCAGCUGGGCAGAUUGCUUAUUCCCUCCUCUACAGCAUUGCGAAGGGCGAUGUCUUCGGCAAAGACCAGCCUCUUAUUCUUGUGCUACUGGACAUCACUCCUAUGAUGACGGUACUGGAAGGUGUGGUGAUGGAGCUGCAGGACUGUGCUCUGCCGCUGCUCAGAGAGGUCAUUCCAACAGACAAGGAGGAAGUUGCAUUCAAAGACCUUGACAUAGCAAUUCUGGUUGGCUCCAUGCCAAGGAGAGAGGGCAUGGAGAGGAAGGAUUUACUCAAAGCAAAUGUAAAAAUUUUCAAGUCUCAGGGUGCAGCCUUGGACAAGUAUGCCAAAAAGACUGUCAAGGUUGUGGUUGUUGGGAAUCCAGCAAAUACCAACUGCCUGAUUGCAUCAAAGUCAGCUCCAUCCAUACCAAAGGAAAACUUCAGCUGCUUAACUCGUUUGGAUCACAACAGAGCCAAAUCUCAGAUUGCUCUGAAACUUGGUGUGACUGCUAAUGAUGUGAAGAAUGUCAUCAUCUGGGGCAACCACUCUUCCACUCAAUAUCCUGAUGUUAACCAUGCGAAGGUAAAUGUGAAAGGAAAGGAAGUUGGAGUCUAUGAAGCUAUAAAAGAUGACAGCUGGCUGAAGGGAGACUUUAUCCUGACUGUUCAGCAACGUGGAGCAGCUGUUAUUAAGGCCAGGAAGCUGUCCAGUGCCAUGUCAGCUGCCAAAGCUAUCUGUGAUCAUGUGAGGGACAUCUGGUUUGGCACUCCAGCGGGGGAGUUUGUUUCGAUGGGAGUCAUUUCUGAUGGCAAUUCUUAUGGAGUUCCUGAAGACCUGCUAUAUUCAUUCCCUGUUGUGAUCAAGGACAAGACCUGGAAGUUUGUUGAGGGUCUUCCUAUUAACGAUUUUUCUCGUGAGAAGAUGGAUCUUACUGCUAAGGAGUUAGCUGAAGAGAAGGAGACUGCUGUGGAAUUCCUCUCCAGUGCAUGACUAGGUCAGGAGGAAAUACAAAAUCAUUUAAGAGUGGAAGAAUCGAAAAGCCGUCUGUAGGUCUGCUACCAAACACCAAUACUGUAUCCCAGUAUGUCAACUGUCUGUGGCCAUUGUGCAUUUUAAAGUUCAUAUGCUUACCGGUACUGUCGUGCCUCUUGAGUUAUUAGCAAAAUAUUAUUAAAGAAGUAAAACUAGUUUGUUGACCAAAGUUUUUGUCCGUUCAAUACUAGUUGCUUUCUGUGCAUAGUACAGGAUAAUUGUUUGCUUCGGCCUUGGUUACAAACGCACAAUCCGAGUUUUGAUUAGAAUUUGGCACUACUGGAACACAUCCAUGAUCACUUCAGCAGCAUCUGUCUCAACUGAAAAUGAAAUUAGAAUGCCAGUAAUUCUCUUUGAACUGAUAGUUCAGUGACCCAGGUCUGUCACUGGACAGACUUCAAGUAAAUACAUUUCACUCUGGUUAUGCUUACAAUGUUUGUCAAUAGAAAUAUUAAAGGUUGUUCAAUCAGA